AUGGCGGCUCCUUGGCCCGACAGAGUCGACUCGCACCGCCCGCUCGACCCUUCCCAAAGCCAGAGCCAACCAAGCGCAGCUCCAACUCCCCGGCGUCUUCCUGCCCGAUCAGCAGCACCUGGUAGCCGGUUCGGGACGGCCUCGCGGGUGGCGGACCUCGAGGUCCUGCAGAAUUUGCGGAUCAACACCGAAUCCGCCUCUUCCUCGGACGACGAAGACUUGCACCCCUCGCGUCCUUCGAGGCCCAGCCACACGCGUUCGAUGAGCCAUCCGUUCCCGUCGCUGUUCUCGAGCAAGAAGAAGAAAUCUAGCCCUAUGCCCCUGGACGACUCUGCAUCAGACUCGGCCGACGAGCCCAGGCCCAACAAGCCGCAGCCGCGAGGUCAUAGGAACGGCUCUUCUGCCGGCAGCAGGGACUACUCCACGGGGAACUGCAUGACGUGCGGGUCGUUGGUGCGCUGGCCUAGGGGGCUCCAGGUCUUCAAGUGCACCAUUUGCCUGACCAUCAACGACUUGCAACCACAGGCCCGGGAUUCGAAGCGGGAGGCCUUUCCAAACACUACUUCACCAGGCGCCGACGAGCGGCCCUCGCCCAGUGAAACCCCAAUAUCCAUCGAGCACACAAGGUCCUUAAUAACACAGUCUCUGCGGUCGUUUCUGGCGUCCGUCCUGCGAGCAAGAUCGAGGAGGGGGUCAUCUGACUUACCAGGGCUGGCCGCGAGAAAGUCAUCUCUCUCGGUCAGCGACGGCAGGAGUAAUGGCCCACUACCUGUGUCGUCUUCCCCUGCACGGCGCAAAGCGUCUGUGGGCUACGAGCAGAGACCUCGGAUGGACGGACCCACGGAGCCAGCACAUCGCCGCAGCCCAUCUCAUCAAACGAGCAAUGCAUUCCGGUCGUACUCUACGUCAUACCCAGAUGCGCGGCCAACACUUGCCGACAUAACUUGCCGCUCGCCUGGCAACCAGCCGCCGAGCCCGCAGCCGCCGAGUCCAGGGUCAGAGGCGAGGCGCAUGUUUAGGCCGCUGGAAGACUACAUCGUCAGCUGUUUCACUUCCUUUCACUGCAUCAACUCUUCGUUUUCGCACUACCGCCCCAGCCAUCCCGCAAAGCCUAGCGUGGACGAGGAGCGGCGCCGUCACGCCACGGAGCCCCGGCGAGAAUCGCAACAAACCACCGACUUUCCCAUAAUAGACUUGGAUGGGAAGCUUCUUCUAUUGGGGGAUUUUGCAGAAAACGGCUGCUGGUGGACUGGCGGCCAGAGGGGUGUGGUUCCCGGCCGAACAGCUUCUAAUAAGAGUGAGAACAGCCAGUCGCUGGUGAGCUCGAGAAGCCCCCGCAUCGAAUGGACGGAACUGGAAGAAUGGUAUUUAGCUGUGGUCGAAGCGGCGCGCUCGUGGCCAGAUGUCUAUGACAGUCUGGUAGCUGAGGACUCGGGCCUUGCGGUGCCCCCAAAUGCUUUGCAGGAGAUCGGAGCGCAGAUUCUCAGCGGACAGGAGCAUGUUCAGAGGACUCUGCUGAAGGCCUGCGAGACAAUUCUCAAACGGCCGGGGCGACCCAUUGCCGGACCCCACGAAAUCCGAUUUCUCUUGAUCAUAUCAGCAAACCCCCUACUUCACGCCUCGUAUAAGCCCUGCGUAGGGGAGUUCAAGCACCCCGAAAAUUUGUUAUCAGAGCAAAGUAAUUCAAACCCACGGAACUCAGGCCCGGCCUCUGGGCGGCAUUCCGGGAUUAUCAAGCGCAUUGUCGGCUUGAUAUCGAACGCGCCAAGCGAGUGCCACAACCACCUCGUGGCCUGGUUCGCUAGGUGUCCCGAGCUGAGAUUUGUUCAGACCAAGGAUUUGAUCUCGGGGUUUCUUGCGUAUCGUCUAAUCCGACAGAACGAAAAGAAGUACGAGGUCAAAGUUGAUGUGACCGAUGGCUUGAUACCGAGCAUGGGAGCCGGGCGGUCUCCAGCAUCGCUUCAUGCUGCCCUGGGGCCAUCACCGGGAUCCGGCAAGAAGCAAAAGGAAAGACAGAAGAAGAUCACAUACCAGGAUGACUGGCAAAUAAAGGUAGCCGCUCAGGUUCUGGGCUUUCUAUUUGCCGCGAACAACAUGGGGCAUGCGCGCCGCAGCAUUGCGAGUCGCCCGGACAGCAAAGGCUUCAGCACAAGAGAGCGGGUCCAGGUGCGAGGUCUGGCCACCAGCGACUUUUACACCACCCUGCUAGACGAGUCGGAUCUCGUGGCCGACUUUGAGAACUGGGAGAGGAAAAAGGGAAAGUUUUCGUUUUGCCAGUACCCGUUCCUAUUGAGCAUCGGCGCCAAGAUCCAGAUUCUGGAGCAUGAUGCGAGGCGGCAAAUGGAGAAUAAAGCCCGAGACGCUUUCUUCAGUAGCAUCAUGACCCACCGCACCAUUCAGCAGUAUCUUGUCCUCAACAUUCGUCGGGACUGCCUUGUCGAUGAUAGCCUGAAGGCGGUGAGCGAGGUCAUCGGGGCCGGCGGCGAGGACAUCAAGAAGGGCCUCAAGAUCGUCUUCAAGGGCGAGGAAGGGGUCGACGGCGGAGGUCUUCGGAAGGAGUGGUUCUUGCUUCUCGUCAGAGAAGUCUUCAACCCCGACCAUGGCAUGUUCAUUUACGACGAAGACUCGCAGUACUGCUAUUUCAACCCGAACUCGCUUGAGCCAUCGGAACAAUUCUUUUUGAUAGGUGUGGUCUUUGGCUUGGCAAUCUACAACUCGACGAUCCUGGACGUGGCGCUUCCGCCUUUUGCAUUCCGCAAGCUCCUGAUGGCCGCGCCGAGUCCAGCUGUAACGACCUCCCAACCACGCCAGGCUAUGAUGUACACGCUCGACGACUUGGCCGAAUACCGCCCCAACCUGGCCCACGGCCUCCGCCAACUCCUCGACUAUGACGGAGACGUGGAGUCGACGUUUUGUCUUGAUUUUAUGGUAGAUAUGGAAAAGUAUGGCCACCACGAGAGAGUCCCCUUGUGCCCAGCUGGAGAGAGGCGAGCGGUCACAAACGCAAACCGCAGGGAAUUUGUAGACUUGUACGUGCGCUACCUGCUCGACACUGCCGUGUCGCGCCAGUUUGAGCCCUUCAAGCGCGGCUUCUUCACCGUCUGCGGAGGCAACGCCCUCUCGCUGUUCCGCCCCGAGGAGAUUGAGCUUCUGGUGCGCGGCUCGGACGAACCGCUCGACAUUGGGUCGCUCAAGGUGGUGGCGGAAUACGACGGCUGGGGAUCGGCCGACCCGGCAGAAAACGAGCCGACGGUCAAGUGGUUCUGGGACUCGUUUGAGCAGGCGUCGCCCAAGGACCAGCGCAAGUUACUCCUCUUCAUCACGGGAAGCGACCGCAUCCCGGCCAUGGGCGCCGCGUCCCUCACGAUCCGCCUCGCCUGUCUGGGCCCCGAGUGCGGGCGGUACCCGACGGCGAGGACGUGCUUCAAUACUAUCACGCUAUGGCGCUGCUCGACCCGCGAGAGGCUUGAGCACAUGCUGUGGAUGGCGGUCCGCGAGAGCGAGGGCUUUGGCUUGAAGUAG